AUGUGUGGCGAGUUUGAAGAGCAUCUGCUGUAUCAGUAUGAUGAGGAGACCCUUGUUCACCACAUUAAUAGAUCCAAAAUAUCCUCAGGGUCAUCUAGCCUGUUCUUCCUCUCACCAAAUCUGGUCGCUAAACGGUACCCUCGCGGCGAGGAGAGUGGUCCCCUCAUAGCAAUAAGACGAGCAAGACAGCUAGGCAUCCCGGUACCGAGUAUCCAACGAGUCGUCGAAAGUCAUGACCGCCAUAACAUCUAUGUCAUAUCGGACAGAAUCAGGGGCCGCACCCUAGAAGACGCCUGGAUUUCCCUAAGCUGGCUCAGGUCGUUGCUACUCGCCAUACAAUUACGGCGGUUUGUUCGGAAGAUGAGAAGCCUGACCUCAAAGACUGCCGGAUCCCUUUCGGACGGAAAAUGCAGGUCUAUGUGGCUGGGUACCUAUUAUGGCCUCCCACCUCACGCGAGUUCUGAGGCUAUCACGGCAUUUGUACGAUAUUGGUAUAACGUAUCUCCUUUACCUUCACGGAAACGCAAGGCGGCGGCAUACAGGGCAUCAUCCUCUUCACCAUCAAUACUGACCGGCACGGCGGCAACAUUCGAACCAGACCGGCACUUCCCCCUGACCUUCUCGCACCAAGAUCUCGCACCCAGAAACAUCAUCGUUGAUGAAAAAUUCCGUCUCUGGCUCCUGGACUGGGACCAAUCCGGCUGGUACCCUAUAUAUUUUGAGUAUGUUUGUAUGCAGAAUUUCAGCAUACCCUUUAGUUGGGGGUUGCUGGCCAAGGUCCGCUGGUGGAUGUUCUGUUGGGUCUCGGUUGGGAUAUACUCCAAGGAACAAGAGGUGCUUCAUCAAGCCUUGGUAAACUUUACUCGGUUUGCGGUAGACCAAGAGGGCAUCCCGUUGCAAGGGACAGCAAUGCGUCUACCAGCUCAACCUAGAUAA